AUGUCCAAACUAACCAACAAAGUCGCCAUCGUCACCGGCGGCGCAACCGGAUUCGGCGCAGCAAUCGUCGCCAAAUUAACCCAAGAAGGCGCCCUCGUGGUCCUCGUCGACAUCCACCAAGAGAACGGCGAGAAGGUCGCCGCCGCCCAGCGACCAGGCUCGACCAUAUUCAUAAAGGGCGAUGUCACCUCAGAGCAAGACUGGGAACAGGUGCUGAGCACUGCACUGGACAAUUUCCACCGUAUCGACAUCGUUGUUAAUAAUGCGGGGGUUGUUAAUAAAGCUAUUUCAUCUCUCUCACUCGCCGAAGAAGAAUUCGACCGCCUGGUCAAAAUCAACCUCAAGAGCCUCUACUUCAGCGCAAAGAUCCUCGGCCCAGCUAUGCAGCGCCAGGGCAGCGGCGGCUCGUUCGUCAAUCUCUCGAGCAUGAGUGCGCUGCGCCCGAGACCAAAUCUCGUCUGGUACGCUGCUAGCAAGGGGGCUGUUAGUGCGGCAACAAAGGGUCUAGCUGCUGAACUGGCAAAGGACAAUAUCCGGUUUAAUGCUGUCUGUCCUGUGGCUGGGGAGACUGCAAUGAUCCCCCUCGUCCUCGGAAAACCCGAUACCCCAGAGAACCGCGCGCAGCUAUUAUCUGGUAUCCCGCUUGGACGGUUUGCAACGCCUGAAGACGUCGCGAAUGCAGUGUGUUUCCUGGCGAGUGAUGAGGCGGCGUUUAUUACUGGGGUUGAACUGCCGGUUGAUGGGGGGAGGGGGUUGAAUUAG